GGGAGAGCGGAUAUAGUGAACGCGGGGUCCGGGGAGAGCGGAUAUAGUGAACGCGGGGAGAGCGGAUAUAGUGAACGCGGGGUCCGGGGGGAGAGCGGAUAUAGUGAACGGGGGGUCCGGGGAGGGCGGGAUAUAGUGAAUGCGGGGUCCGGGGGGAGAGCGGAUAUAGUGAAUGCGGGGUCCUGGGAGAGCGGAUAUAGUGAAUGCGGGGUCUGGGGAGAGCGGAUAUAGUGAAUGCGGGGUCCGGGGAGAGCGGAUAUAGUGAAUGCGGGGUCCGGGGAGAGCGGAUAUAGUGAAUGCGGGGUCCGGGGAGAGCGGAUAUAGUGAAUGCA